AUGAAUCAAAAGAUAACAAAGCCAUUACCAUACAAGCAACUAGCAGUGAUUUGCAUUUGUCGGUUUGCCGAACCCAUUUGCUUUACUGUGAUAUUCCCUUUCAUUGUACAGAUGGUCAGAGAUUUCAACAUUGCAGAUGAGAAAGGUGUAGGAUACUACGUUGGGCUUAUUACAUCAUGCUUUGCUUUAGCUCAGUUAUUGACAGGUAUUCAUUGGGGCAUGUUGUCUGAUCGCAUUGGCAGACGGCCAGUGAUUCUGCAAGGUUUAGUGGGCACAAUUACCAGUAUUUUGCUUUUUGGAUUGUCAAAGUCUUUUAUUUGGGCCUUAUUAUCUCGUAGUUUGUGUGGUUUGCUCAAUGGUAAUAUUGGGGUGUUGAAGAGCAUGGUGUCUGAAUUGACGAUCGAUCAUCUGCCACAUCAGAGAGCACAGGCAUUCUCACUGCUUCCACUGAUGUAUGGUCUUGGAUCCAUCAUCGGCCCUAUGCUUGGCGGUUUCUUAUCUCAUCCAGUUACCAGCUAUCCAAGUGUAUUUGGUAAUCUGGGUGCUCUGACCGAUUUUCUGACAGAGUAUCCCUACUUUUUACCUUGCUUUAUCUCGGCAUUCAUCUGUAUCCUUGGCUUGGUGUUUGGUAUAUUCCAUCUGCAAGAAACGCACGUCGUCUACCAUGAGAAGCACGAUUCCAACGAUGAAGAGGAAGCUUUAUUGAGCAACCAGUCUAGCCAAUCCACCGAUCCUCACUACUCGACAUUCCAGACAAACUCAAGCACAGGAGCCGUCAAAGUGCAACACUCACCUACACCCACAUUGCAUUCACCACCCACGUUGAGAGAAUCUCUUACGCCCUCCGUCAUGGCCAUCUGCAUCGCCUAUGGAUUCUUUGCCCUUCAAGCUGUCUUCAUGGAUGAAUUGUUCCCUUUAUACACCGCCAGUAGCAGAGAAAAUGGUGGGUUGGGAUUCUCUCCUAAUGAAAUUGGUAUUGCCCUCAGUUUUGCUGGUGUGAUUACUCUGGUGGGUCAAUUAUUCGUCUUGCCUGCUCUUACAAAAAAGUAUGGACUUUUGCGUUUGUUCCAGAUGGUGCUCUUUAUUUGUAUCUUUUUAUAUCUCUCACAAGGCAUCAUUCGUACACUCUAUUAUGUACCUGAUUUCCACGGUGAAACCAACACUAAAUUCUGGGUAUGGGUGGGUUUGCUGGUCUCUCUCACCAUCAAGACCAUUGGUCAUACCAUCUGCUUUACAGGUUGUACCAUUCUAGUCAAUAACGCAUGUCCCAGAGUGGAUGCUCUCGGUGCUGUCAAUGGAUUUUCUCAAUGUUGUGCAAGCGCAAUGCGUGCAAUUGGCCCUGCUAUUUGUGGCGCUGUUUGGUCACUCUCAUUAUCUUCCACUGUCAUUCCUUAUCAAAUUCGAAUCAACAUUACCUUUGUGGUAUUAGCAGCCAUCGGCACAAUCACCUUUGUUUUGAGUAAGCGAUUAGAUGCAAAGGAUUAUGAGACAGCACUUGCAAGAGAAGAAGUUGUACAUAUCAAACAAGACGGUCAAGCAACAGAGGAGGCUAGCAGUAGUCGCAGCCAUUAG